AUGGUUACUAAAUCUUCUUCCACUCCCUAUGUGGAAGCAGCUGAAGAAGCCCAUGAAGAUUCAUUUCGAGCAUUUGAGAUCAUCAACGUCAUUACUGUAAUGGAGGGAUCUUUUAUCCCUCAACCUCAGAUAUCUUCUUCCACACGUAUGGUGGCUGCAGAAAUGAUUAAAUCAGGGUUUUGCCCGGGAAAAGGGUUGGGGAAGUAUCUUCAGGGCAUUGCAAUGCCAUUGUUACCAGAAGGCAUGAAUGAGAGAUACGGCAUCGGAUAUACUCCUACUUUAGCUGACCAUAAGAAGAAAACGGAAGAGAAAAGAAUACUCCAGAUCGAGAGGCGCACAGGAAGAUAUGCAUUUCUUUCGCAUUUAUUGGGGUCAUUUGUCAAAGAAUUGUUUACCUUUGUUUUAUGCAGGGAUAGGGAAAAUAAUCAUACCAGUAUUCAGGAGCCAGAAAUUGAUGUUAACUUUGAAAACUUAAUCCUAGAAGCUGAAAUAGAAGAGGAGACUGACUUAUCACCUGAAAUGCAAAGAAUGUUGAAAUCAGAUGAAAAACCAACUUUAACCAGUAGUGACCCCACGGUCACAAUAAAUUUGGGGACUAAUGAGGAACCAAAAGAAGUAAAAAUCGGGGCACCGUUGGGAGGAAAAGAAAGAUGCGAAAUGAUAAACCUUCUGAAGGAAUACCAAGAUGUUUUCGCAUGGUCAUAUCAGGACAUGCCAGAUGUGCUGGUAGACAAUACGGCGGGACAUGCCCUGUUUUCAUUCAUGGAUGGAUUUUCUGGAUAUAAUCAAAUUAAGAUGGCCCCGGAAGAUAAAGAGAAGAUCACAUUUAUCACCUUAUGGGGGACCUUUUGCUACAAGGUUAUGCCCUUUGGUUUAAAGAAUGCAGGGGCAACCUAUCAGAGAGCCAUGGUAACGUUAUUCCAUGACCUAAUGCAUAAGGAGAUAGAAGUAUAUGUGGAUGACAUGAUUGUUAAUUAUCGAGAUGAGUAUAGCCAUGUGAUGAACUUAAGGAAGCUAUUUGAAAGGCUACGAAAAUGUCAACUGAAAUUAAAUCCAGAAAAAUGUACAUUCGGAGCUUCUUCAGGAAAAUUAUUGGGAUUUAUCAUAAGUGAGAAAGGGAUUGAGGUAGACCCAGAUAAAAUAAAAGCUAUUCGAGAAAUGCCUACUCCUAAAACCGAAAAAGAAGUUAGGAGUUUCCUAGGUCAAUUGAACUACAUAGCUCGAUUUAUAUCUCAGUUGACUGCUACUUGUGAGCCCAUAUUUAAGCUGCUGAAGAAGGAUAACCCCGAAAAAUGGAGUGAAGAAUGUCAGAAAGCUUUUGAGAAAAUAAAAGAAUAUCUAUUGAACCCUCCAGUUUUGGUUCCCCCUGUACCUGGAAGGCCUCUUAUAUUGUACUUAGUAGUAUCAGAGAAUUCCAUGGGGUGUGUGUUAGGACAACACGAUGAGUCUGGAAGAAAGGAGCACGCCAUCUAUUAUUUAAGCAAAAAGUUCACGGAAUACGAAUCUAGUAACAGGACGAUGGCUCAUUGGCAAAUGCUGUUGACUGAAUAUGAUAUUACAUAUGUAACGAGAAAAGCCAUCAAAGGGAGCAUUAUAGCAGAAUAUUUGGCUGAUAGGGCCGUUAAUGAUUACCAAUCCAUGGAGUUUGACUUCCCGGAUCAAGAUAUUGAUUCAAUUGAUCAAGAAAAGGAAGGUAAUGUUGGGUGGAUGAUGCUAUUUGACGGGGCAACCAACGUAUGGGGGCAUGGAAUAGGGGCUGUACUCAUAUCACCAGAGGGUAAAUAUUACCCAGUCACAGCCAAACUCACCUUUCCGUGUACCAAUAAUAUAGCUGAGUAUGAAGAGUGCGUAUUGGGCUUACAAGCAGCUAUUGACCGAGGCAUUAAAAAAUUGAUUGUAAAAGGAGAUUCCGCUUUGGUAAUUUAUCAGUUGAUUGGAAAGUGGGAAACCCGGGAUUCCAAAUUAAUACCAUAUCAGGAGUUCAUUCAGGAAAUGAUGCAGGAAUUCGAUACUAUCAGUUUUUCACAUUUAUCGAGAGAGAGUAACUUAAUCCCUGAUGCGCUAGCAAUAUUGGUGGCUUUAUUUAAGGUUGAGUCCUGA